GUGUGUUGCGGAAAAAUCCCUUUUUGGGCGUCCGACCACAUGUGAGAAUGGUGAACAAAAUACAGUUCUAUGGUGAUUUUCUUCAUUGUCAAGCCCAAUAGGAAGUGUUUUCUAUCGGCCAUCGAUAGAUAUAGUGUAUACGGAUCGUUGUGUGUUCCAGAAAAGUCGAAAUAAUACGACGGGAAGUGAAUUUUUUCGAUGUAAAUACGUUUCAUCCAGGGUCAGUCCGGUGUGCCCCGAAGAAGACCGCGCAUAUUUUUCGGCCGUCGUGUGUUACGUCGUGCUCUCAUAACGUGCGUAUAGUUUUCAUCGCGUUCGACCUUCAUACUGUCCGGUUGGGUCGCGUUCGGUUGUGUGACUUUUCGAUUCGUUGGUUAGCUCGGCAGCAUGCCGUCGUGUUGAGGGCCAUGGCCGCGCGCUCGUGAUCCUGAGUCGGCGCGGAGCGCGCGCCCGGUCUUACAUAACGAAGGUAGCGACAGCGACGGCAUGGCCGCUCGCGUGUCGGCUGAGGGCGCAGGUCCCUCGUAUGCGUCGGUGCUGAACUUUAGAGGGAGUGACAAUAACGAUAGCAACAAGGAGAACAUAGAGGCGGCGCCGGAGGAGGUGACAGACGUAGCGCCGCGCCAGGACGAUGAGGAAGAAGAGGGUUUUGUGCCGGUGAUAUCUCACGGGCGCCGCCCGGGCAAGGGCAGGAGGGAGCGUGAACGGAGGGCUCCCCCGCGGCCGCACAAGGCACCGCAGCCCCACAAUGAGCCUCAGCACACGCAGGAACAGCAAGCGGCAGCUGAGGAGACUCAGCCGAAGAAGUUUGUGGAGGCCCCGAUACCAAAGGUCAAUCCUUGGCAGAGCUUAGUAUUGGGAAUAAUGUUCACAGGGUUGGGCGGGUUUACUAAUCUCUUCGAACGAGGCGCUUCGUAUAAUUAUGAUAGAACUUCACUUGACGCAGAUGUAAAUGUGAGUCUACAGCCACUCCAAGGCGAAGAGUUAUUCUCGAGGGUGAGCACAAAUUAG